AUGGGAUUGGCAAUGGCCACCCUGACCGUCUUGCAGGCACUGCAAUCAUUAUACCACGACCCGGAACCAGCGGGAAAGCGAAAGGCGAACGAUUGGCUUCAAGAAUUCCAACACAGCAUCGAGGCAUGGCAGACAUGUCAUACCCUCCUCACUUCUCCAGCUUCACCUCUCGAAGGCCGCUUGUUCGCUGCGCAGACGAUACGAGCCAAAAUAUUGUAUGACCUCCCCCAACUUCCCCGAGAUCAGCUCCCUCCCCUCCGCGACUCGAUACUGACCUCGCUCGCACCCCUCGCCGGCACAAGUGCUCCGACAGGCUCACGAGCGAUCCUGAUUCAACUCUGUUUGGCGCUGGCGGAUCUGGCCCUACAGAUGCCAGAGUGGUCGGAUAUCGUGGGCGGCAUGAUCGAGCGCUUUGGAAAGGAUCCAGCGACCGUGAAUAUACUGCUGGGCUUCCUGAAGGCGUUGGUGGAGGAGGUGGGCAACCCGAGAUUGGUGGUAUCGGAUAUGGACAGUAUGAUCAGUUCGUCGGCCGAACCGGUAAUAGGGGUUCUAAAUAUGUAUAUACAAGCGCCAGGUAUCACUCCAGCAAUACAAGCCGCUGUAUUCGACACCCUCCGCUCCUGGCUCCAAGGUGGCGAAGUCAUGGCGUCCCGAGUCGCCUCCACACCCCUCUUCCCUGCCCUUUUCGACGCCCUCCCCUCCGACCAGCUCUUCGACUCGGCCGUCGACUGCCUCUGCGACCUCAUACACGAGACGCAAGAAGUGCAGGAGAACGUCGACGUCAUCCAAAAUAUCGUCCCCCGGAUAGUCGCGCUCCAGUCACAACUGGAAGAGCACAAGGACGACCCAGAUCGGAUACGGGGGUAUUGUCGGAUAGUCUGCGAAGCGGGCGAAACCUACAAAAACCUCAUCAUCUCCCAUAUCGACUCAUUAUUACCCCUCGUCCAGGCAAUAGCGGCAUGUGCCGCGUACCCGGAUCUCGACAUCGUCCCCAUCACCUUCAGCUUCUGGUACGGCCUCGCCACUGCUCUCGGGCGGCAACAUCCGGACAACCAAUCCACCCGACCCCUCCUAGACAUUUUCAGCAAUCUCCAAUCUGUCAUCAUCGGCCAUCUCCACUUUCCAGCCGACAACGAGCAGCAGACGGCGCAGGAGCGGGACGAGUUCCGGACGUUCCGUCAUCGGAUGGGCGACACGCUCAAGGACUGCUGUCAUGUCCUCGGCGCAACUACCUGUCUGCGGAAAUCGUACGAUCUCGUACAGGCGGCGAUGGCCAGGGGAUCGCCAACAUGGCAGGAGCUGGAAGCGCCCCUCUUCUCCAUGCGGUCAAUGGGAGGAGAGGUAAAUCCGGAUGAUGAUGAGAUUCUGCCACAUAUCAUGGAUAUGCUGCCAAAUCUCCCUGAUCACCCUCGGAUCCGGUACGCCGCCAUCCUCGUCAUUUCGCGGUAUACCCAAUGGAUCGACCGUCAUCCCUCCAAUAUCGCCUUCCAGCUGCAAUACAUCUCCCUCGGCUUCCACAUGGCGGAAGAGGAGGUGUCGGCGGCAGCAGCGCAGGCCAUGAAGUUCAUGUGCCAGGACUGCAGCCGACACCUCAUCCCCUUCCUCCCUCAAUUACACGACUUUGUCGCUACCGUCGGCGACAAGCUCGACCAGCCGGACAUGAUCGAGGUCUGCGAGGCCAUCGGGUACAUUAUCGACGGGAUGCCUCCAGACCAGGCGGCUCCCGCUCUCCAGCAGUUCUGCCAGCCGCUACUGGAACGCGUCCAAGCAGUCGCUGCGGCGACAACGCCACUGGACAAGCCGGAAUUGCAAAAGGCGGCGGAUGCGCUCGAGCAGAUCAAUGCCUUCCUACGUGUAGUCCGGACCAUCAAUCGCCUCCCGGAAUCAUGCUACCCCACCGCUCUCGCCGUUUACCAGGUUCUCGACAGCUUACUGCAAAAGUACUCCAAGCUGUACUUUAUGUCAGACCGGAUCGGCUCGGUACUUCGGCGCGGUCUCCUCUUCUUCCCUCCACAGGCGCUCGAGCCGGUACUUGCGCCCUUGCUCGAGCGUAUGGUGAGCUGCUUCGAGUUGACCGAGUAUGCGACGUUCCUGUGGAUAGCGGGGAAGGUGGCAAGCAAAUUCGGGGAUUUGACGAGAGGGCCAGGCGGGGAGGUAUUGGCGGGGCUGCUGGUGCGGACAUUCGAAAGCAUGACCACUCAAUUGAGCGUGGUGUUGAAUGGAAAGACGGCAGUAGAGAUACCCGACGUGAUGGAGGAUUUCGUCCAUACGUUCAUCGCAUACAUCACCUUCCUGCCACACGCUACUCUCUCAUCACCCCUACUCCACCUCGCCGUCUCGCACACUCUCGCCGCCCUUUCCUGCCCCGCACCCGAAACCAAUCUCGUCUGCCUUGACGCUCUCGCCAUCCUGUCGAAACGCCUCGGCGAGCAGGCCUUCCAAUCUACCCUCCAGCCGAUCUUUGCGCAGUACGGCAAGGCCAUCGUCGCGUUGUUGAUUCAGGGGAUGGUGGCGGACUUUGUCGAGGAUGGGCUGGACCAGGUACAGACGGUGCUAGCAGCGACGGUCGUGUGUGCGCCGGCACAGGAAGUAGACGGAUGGGUCGUUGAGGCGGUAGGGGGGAUUGCGGGGCAUAUCGUGCCAUUAGCGGAGAAGCAGCGGUUCUUGGAGGGAGUUCGAGCUCAUCUCUCCGCACCAUCCGGAUCCCCCCAGCUCAAACGAUCCGUCAACGAUCUCGUUCGAGCCGCCAAACGGGCGAGGGAACGGGGACGCGAGGCACGGCAGUCGAUCCCCACUCGAUAG